AAGAAAAAAAAAAAAAAAAGAUAAAAAGAGGGAGAAUUUAAAAUUUUAACAUUUUUUGUGACUCUUGUACUCUUUUCUCUUUUUUCAUUCCUUUUACUCCAAUGGAACCAUUGACCAUGUUUAUUGUUGUCCGCAAGGAUCUUGCCAAAAAACUCCAGUGGCCCACUGGCAGUGUAAUGACUCAGGCGUGUCAUGCAGCGACUGCUAUUUUGCACUUGACUCGUGAGGACGAAAAUACCAAAGCAUACUUGGAUGAUUUGGACAACAUGCAUAAAGUAGUAUUAGAGACAAAGAACGAGGGAUCUUUAGAGAAAUUAGCAGAGGUACUUACUACCCAUAAUAUUCCUUUCAAGAAAUGGAUCGAACAACCCGAGAAUAUCCCUACUUCUUUAGCUACAGCACCUUUAGCUUCUCGAAGCCCUGAAGUAUUGGAAGCCUUCAAAAAGACUUGUUCUCUGUACCGUUAAAAACAAAGUCACGUCUUACAUACAAAAAAGAAAAAAAAAAUCUUUUUUUUUUUUUCUUCUUUUGAAUGAAGAGGUUGUUUCGUUUUAAACCAUUAAUAAAUAAUAAUAAUAAACG